AAAAAAAAGAAAAAGUUUUUUUAAAAAAAUAAAAUAGUAAAGUCAGGCGUGAUUAAGCCUGUAAAGUUCAAAUGUGCAUCAUAGUCAAAAAAUGGAACCACCACUGGCUCUUAUGGUUCCUCUCCGCACUCGUUGUAAAUUCAGCCGUAGCCGGAAAUCCAGACGCAAAACGUCUAUACGAUGAUUUAUUAAGCAAUUACAACAAACUCGUACGUCCAGUAGUGAAUACAUCAGAUGUUCUUCGCGUUUGUAUUAAAUUGAAACUAUCACAACUCAUCGAUGUGAAUCUCAAAAACCAGAUUAUGACCACAAAUCUGUGGGUAGAACAAAGUUGGUACGACUACAAGCUUAGAUGGAAUCCAGCAGAAUAUGGUAAUGUGCAAAUGUUGCAUGUGCCUAGCGAUCACAUAUGGCGUCCCGAUAUUGUAUUAUAUAAUAAUGCUGAUGGAAAUUUUGAAGUAACACUCGCAACAAAAGCCACAAUAUACUCGGGUGGGCUUGUUGAAUGGAAGCCACCCGCAAUUUAUAAAAGCUCAUGUGAAAUUGACGUAGAAUAUUUUCCAUUCGAUGAGCAAACGUGCGUGUUAAAGUUCGGAUCGUGGACGUACGAUGGCUUUAAGGUUGACCUAAGGCAUAUGGAUGAGAAAUUUGGCAGUAAUGUUGUAGAUGUCGGUGUUGAUCUCUCGGAAUUCUACAUGAGCGUUGAAUGGGAUAUUUUGGAAGUACCUGCAGUGCGGAAUGAGAAGUUCUAUACGUGCUGUGAUGAACCAUAUCUCGAUAUAACUUUCAACAUUACUAUGCGAAGGAAAACUUUGUUCUACACGGUCAACAUUAUAAUCCCAUGCAUGGGAAUUUCAUUUCUAACAGUAUUAACAUUCUACUUGCCCUCGGAUAGUGGAGAAAAAGUAACGUUAUCAAUUUCAAUUUUAAUUAGUCUUCACGUUUUCUUUUUGCUAGUUGUUGAGAUUAUUCCGCCGACGAGUUUGGUUGUGCCAUUGCUAGGCAAAUAUCUUAUAUUUGCUAUGAUACUUGUGUCUAUAAGUAUAUGCGUUACUGUUAUGGUGCUGAACGUUCACUUCCGAUCACCUCAAACUCAUACAAUGAAUCCAUGGAUAAAGUCAUUCUUUAUAGAAUUCCUACCAAAGUUUCUGUUCAUGAAACGACCAAAAUAUGUAUUACAAACCAACAGAAAACUGCUAUCAAGUUUCUAUCCAUUCUAUACGAACUCGUCAUCAAAUCUUAAUCAUGUAUCACACUAUAGUAGAACACCAUCGAAAGAAGAUAUGUCACCGAUCAGUCUAACGACAUCGGGACCAUUCGGAGGUAGUUGUCAAAUUCACGGGCCAAUUUCAAUGGAAUCUGAGGAAGUGACGAUGUCAAUGUCAACAUUAGAUGUCGAUCCACCGCCCGUAACACAGCAGGAUCGAGUGAAGAGUCCAAUUAUGAAAAAUCCAGGCUAUUCACAUCUUCACUGUCCGACUGAGUUGCAUCGUUCAUGUUUUUGUGUUCGUUUUAUUGCUGAACAUACGAGAAUGCUCGAGGACUCGGUGAAGGUUAAAGAGGAUUGGAAGUAUGUCGCGAUGGUAUUGGAUCGAUUAUUCUUAUGGAUAUUUACACUUGCCGUAUUGGCAGGCACAGCUGGAAUUAUUUUACAAGCUCCAACCCUUUAUGAUGAUCGUAUUCCAAUAGACAAAAAGUUUGCUGAUUAUGCAACAUCGACUGUAGUAAGGUGUCCACAAUAACAAUUUGAGUUAACAGGAACAACAAGAAGCAACAACAGCAUCAUGAACAUUUUAUUAUUAACGGUUUUAUGUGCAAUUUUAAUGAUGAGUGCCUCUUGCGUUAUAAUAACAAAAAUACACAGUAUCAUUUAAGUAAAUAAAAUAAAAAAAGCGGAGAAAAAAAAAUAAUUUUAAGGUUCGAAAGUUCUCUUUUUUUAUGUGGAAUAAAAAAAGCAUGAUUUUCUUCCUGUAUCAUUUAAAAAAUUGUAUAAAUUUAUUUCAAUUUCAUUUCCCAUAAGACACAUCCCAUCUCAUGCUUCUUUCUUUUUUUGUCAAAUGACUUUAUCUCGUAUACUGUGAAUUUAAUAUAUUACA